UAGGGUUUCAACCUCAUACAAACGUCAAGUGCUCUGGCGUGGAUCCACAUAUCUUUUUCGACCCUUCACAAGACGAGCAUGGGUGCCCGGUGCUGCUGCUGCGCCAAGAACCAAGUGGACGCGAGCGACCUCAAGGAGCAGCUCCUUGACAAGGACGCGCGCGCGACGUUCGACUCGACCGACGACCGAAAGGGCCACGUGCUCCCGUCGACGUCGUCGAUCUCGGGCUCGAGCUACACGAGCAAGAACGAGCGCCUCCUCGUGUCCCAAGUCCAAACGUACCACGACCAAGACGACGACCCGUUCAGCUCGGCGAGAGACUUUGUCGACGAGCGCGAGCUCUCGCGCAGCAGUAGCAGCCGCGAGUACGACGACCAGCACUCGUACGGCUCGGUGAGCAGCUUGAACGGCACGACGCCGCGUGGCGCCGAGCGCUCGCCGAGCCGCGACUCGUACACCGACAGCAAUGACCGCAGCGCAUACUCGUCGCAGGUGUUUGACGCGCCACCGGCGCACGGCGGCUGGAACAUCUAGGAGUCGCAUAACCAUCAAGUGUUUUCUGUGUGCUUUCUUAUGAACGUGUCG